AUGUCAUCUGUAGAUGCUAAAGGAAUUGGAGCAACUAGUGAUGGAAUUGAUGAUGCUGACCUUGUUCUCUUACUAACUGGCUUUGAGGAAACCCUAGGUGAAGAAUGUAAAUCCAUGGGAAUAGGGGAUGACCCUUUUCUUUUUGCAACAGAGGCUUUCUUGGUUCUACCUGAAGCCAUUUUGGUUUUAGUUUUAGCCUCAUAUUGUGGUGUGAGAGUAAUCGGCGGGAUGAGGGAGGGUGUUUGGUCUUGGGGUAGUGGUGGUGAAAGUGGUGGUGGCAAUUGUGGUGGCGGUGGUGGGCUUGGUGGUGAUUGUGGUGGUGGUGGUGGGCUUGGACUUGGGGUAGGGUUUGCGCUAGCAGACGGUGAAGAAGGAGUGGCCAUUUUCAAUUUAGCAGAUCUCUUGGAUUUACGGGGCUUGUGGGUAGACCAUAUCUUGGUUCUCACCAUUUAA